AUGGACCCUGAUAUCCGACACUUCAUUGGCCACCCCUUGUUCAACAACUGUGAAACCUUUGGAGGAAAUCCGGUGGCCAGACAGGCUCAAACCGCUCAGGAGUCCUACCAUGACAAGGCCAGAGAACAUCCUGAUGAAGGAAAACAUCCUGAUGGAGGCCUCUACAACAAGGGACCCUCCUACUCGGGUUACUCCGGGUACAUCAUGAUGCCAAAUAUGAAUAACGACCCUUACAUGUCGAAUGGAUCCCUUUCGCCACCCAUCCCAAGAACAUCCAAUAAAGUGCCCGUGGUGCAGCCGUCCCAUGCGGUCCACCCUCUCACGCCCCUCAUCACUUACAGCGACGAGCACUUUUCUCCAGGAUCACACCCGUCACACAUCCCAUCCGAUGUCAGUGCCAAGCAAGGCAUGUCCAGACAUCCUCCAGCUCCUGAUAUCCCCUCCUUUUAUCCCCUGUCUCCUGGUGGCGUCGGACAGAUCACCCCACCUCUUGGCUGGCAAGGUCAGCCUGUAUAUCCCAUCACGGGUGGAUUCAGGCAACCCUACCCAUCCUCACUGUCAGUCGACACUUCCAUGUCCAGGUUUUCCCAUCAUAUGAUUCCUGGUCCUCCCGGUCCCCACGCAACUGGCAUCCCUCACCCAGCGAUUGUAACGCCGCAGGUCAAGCAGGAGCACCCGCACACGGACAGCGACCUAAUGCACGUGAAGCCCCAGCAUGAGCAGAGAAAGGAGCAGGAGCCAAAAAGACCUCACAUUAAGAAACCUCUGAAUGCGUUCAUGUUAUACAUGAAAGAGAUGAGAGCAAAUGUCGUAGCAGAGUGUACCCUAAAGGAAAGUGCAGCUAUCAACCAGAUUCUAGGCAGAAGGUGGCAUGCCCUGUCCCGUGAAGAGCAGGCUAAAUAUUAUGAAUUAGCGCGGAAGGAAAGACAGCUACACAUGCAGCUUUACCCAGGCUGGUCUGCAAGAGACAAUUAUGGUAAGAAAAAGAAGAGGAAGAGAGAGAAACUACAGGAGUCUACAUCAGGUACAGGUCCAAGAAUGACAGCUGCCUACAUCUGAAACAUGGUGGAAAACGGAACUCAUUCCCAACGUGCAAAGCCAAGGCGGCCACCCCAGGACCCCUUCUGGAGAUGGAAGCUUGUUGAAAACCCUGACUGUCUGCACGGCUUGCGCAGCCAACCUCCCAGGAGAAUUGACACCACCCACAUCCCGAGGUCGCUGCUAGAGAUGCCACCGAUCCACAGACAAUCACUGCCAACCAACCCCCUUUCGUCUCCUGCAAGAGCCAAGUUUCAAAAUCAAACAUUGAAAAAAAGUUUCGUACCAAGAACAUUAGAAAGCACACGCGCACGAAUGCUAGCAGGCCCUGGGUCCACUGGGAAGCCUCCUUCCCCCACCUCUGCCGAGAACCUCCCAGAGGAGGGUUUUAUACCUGUAACCCUCUGGCAAGGACAGUCACUUGGCCGUGUCUGCCUGCCCUCAACAACUGCUCGCUCGCCAGCAUCCCAGAGUAGGGACUCUCGGCCGAAGGAUCAGUCUGUAUGUUUGCUUCUCCUUUUUUUCUUUUUAACUUGAAUUUUUUGUUUCAACUUACACUCGGUAGUUUUCACUUGUCUUGUAUAUUUUGCUCGCCCGGAACAUUGAAAGAACAAGUCCGAGGUGGCGGAAGCGCUGGAAAGGAGAACAGAAUGAAAGAAGCCCGCUUUUUCUGAGAGACACCUUCUCUGUGAAUGUCCUCUCUCCUCCUCUGGAAGGUGUUCUGCGGAGCCACGGACAUUGGGACAGCCAAACUCACGCUGUUGGUGGCAGUGGCUGUCCUUUUUCACCGCCGUCGUCUUCUUCUGGGUUUUUUGUUUUAAAGUAAACCUUAACAGAUCCUUCUGGCAGAUCAGUUUGCAGUGAAUUUUCAUUUCUUUCCUUCUCACCCCUUGUUGUAAAAAGCCCAGCACUUGAAUUGUUAUUACUUUCAAUGUUCUGUAUUUGUAUCUGUUUUUAUUAGCCGAUUAGUGGGAUUUUAUGCCAGUUGUUGAAAGAAGCAUUGAUGUGCCUAUUCUUUUCUUUUUCCUUUUUUUUAAAGAUGACAAGGCAUAGCCUUGGCCCCAAACUGUCAUCUAACACGUUUGUCAUUCCAGUUUGAGUUAACGUGCUGAGCAUUUUUUAAAAGAAGCUUUGUAAUAAAAUAUUAAAAAGGAGGGGAAAACAA